AUGGCUCACCUCAAACAGAUCGACAUCGAAAACUUCAAGUCAUGGCGAGGGAAGCAGGUUAUCGGGCCUUUCAUGCGCUUUAAUUGCAUAAUCGGGACUAAUGGCUCCGGGAAGUCCAACCUGAUGGACGCCCUGAGCUUCGUGAUGGGGGAGCGGGCCUCCGCCCUGCGGGUCAAGCACCUCGGCGACCUGAUCCACGGAGCCCACGUGGGGCGGCCCGUGUCCCGCACGGCCCGCGUCUCCAUGCGGUACUGCGACGAGAAGGGCGUGGAGACCGAGUUCAGCAGGAGCAUCAGCGGAGACUCGUCUGAAUAUCGCAUCAAUGACGCCCGCGUUACUUUCUCCGUGUACUCUGAAGAACUGCUGAACAUCGGGAUCAUAACCAAGACUCAGAACUGCCUCGUUUUCCAGGGGGCAGUGGAAUCCAUCGCCCUAAAGGAUCCAAAGGAGAGGACCAAGAUGUUCGAGUACAUCAGCCAGUCCCGGGACUACGCUGCGGAGUACAGCCUGAAGAAAGAGGCUCUGCAGAAGGCCAAGGAGGACAGCCAGCUGCACUUCAUCAAGAAACGCUCCGCCGCCGCGGAGAAGAAGCAGGCGUCGCAGGAGAAGCUGGAGGCCCAGAGGUACCAGGUCCUGGUGGACGAGCUGGAUCAGAACCGUCUGAAACUGAGCCUCGCCGAGCUCUUCAACAAUCAGCAGUCCAUCGACGCUGUCAAUGACACUCUGACGGAGAGGCAGAGCGCCGCCGCCGCCAAGAAGGAGGAGCUGGAGAGCUGGGAGCAGACGGUCAGCGCCCACAAGAGAGAGGUGGGACGGCUCACCAGAGAGCUGCAGCACAUCGAGAAGGAGAUCCGCGGCCAAGAGCAUGUCUGGGCCCAGGCUGGCUCCCACUACAUCAAAGCCAAAGUCAACACCUCUCAUCACCUGAAGAAGGCCGAGGAGGCCCGCCGCGCCCUGAAGAAGGCUCAGAGGCAGCUGGCCGCCAGGGAGCAGGAGCUGGAGGAGGGCCGGGACGAGCUGGCCGAGCUGCAGCGCACAUGGAGGGCGUACGAGCAGCAGGCGCUGCAGGAGCAGGCCGCCCAGAGGGGGGACGUGGAGCUGAGCGGGGAUCAGCUGGAGCAGUACAAGGAGCUGAAGGAGCUGGCCCGGAGGCAGGGGGCCGUCCUCAGCCAGCAGGCCGAGACGCUGCACUGGGAGGUGCAGGCGGGCCACCAAAAGAUGGCGUUCGACCAGCACCGCAAGAAGGAAGUGCAGGCUCUGAUCAGGAACUGCCGGAGUCAGAUGGAAGACAUGACGAGCCGAGCGGAGAAGCUGCAGGAAUACGGCAACACCUGCAGGUCUUCCCUGGGCGAGCUCCGUGAGCAGGAGGAGACGCUGAGCGGCGAGCUGGAGCGGGGCGGCCGGCGCUUCCAGGAGGUGAACCAGGAGCUGCGCCAGGUGAUGGAGGAGCUGGGGAACGCCCGGCUGGACAGCCAGGAGAGCAGGCGGCAGCUGCAGCGCAAAGAACUGCUGGACAAGCUGCGCAGGCUCUUCCCUCGAGACGUGUAUGGCCGCCUGUCCGACCUGUGCAGCCCCAUCCACAAGAAGUACCAGCUGGCCAUCACCAAGGUGUUCAGCCGCUACAUGGGCGCCAUCGUGUUGACCACGGAGAAGGUGGCCCGAGACUGCAUCAGCUUCAUCAAGGAGGAGCGGGCGGAGCCGGAGACCUUCCUGCCGCUGGACCAGCUGGCCGUGACGCCUCUGAACGAGCGGCUGAGGGAGCUGCGGACCGCCAAGCUGGCGGUGGACGUGGUGAAGGUGAACGCCGGGGCGGAGCAGCUGGGAAAGGUGGUGCAGUUCGUUUGCGGGAACACGCUGGUGUGUGAGAGCAUCAAGGAGGCCCGCAGCCUGGCGUUCGACCGGCCCGACCGCCUCAAGACCGUGGCGCUGGACGGGACCAUGUUCUCGAAGUCCGGGCUGAUCUCCGGAGGCUCCAGUGACCUGCGGACCAAGGCUCGCUGCUGGGACGAGAAGGACGUGGUUCUGCUGAGGGAGCGCAAGGAGCAGCUGAGCGGCGAGCUGCAGGAUCUCUUGAGACUCCGGAGAAAGGAGUCGGACCUGAAACAGCUGACGGCUCAGAUCCAGGGAGUCCAGACCCGCCUCAAAUACUCCGGAGUGGAGCUGGAAAACCUCCUGAAGAAAGUCAUCCCUCGAUGCCAGGCGGAGAUCUCUCGGCUGCAGAGUGAGUUAGUAAACCUGGAAUCCCACAUUCAGAUGCAGCAGGAGAGCAUGGAGGCCAAGGAGGCAGACAUGAAGGCAGUGAGGCAGCAGGUGGAGCAGGUGGAGGACCUGGUGUUUUUGGACUUGUGCGCUGCGAUCGGAGUGAGCAGCAUCAGGGAGUACGAGCAGCAGCAGCACCUGAAGCUGGGAACAGAGCUGGACUCCAGACGGCUGCAGUUCGAGAGCCAGUGCGCUCGGCUCAGCGCCAAGCUGGAGUACGACCAGGACCAGCUGGAGGACCAGAGGAAGAAGCUGCAGAACCUGCAGGAGAGCAUCAGCAGGGAGGAGAGGAGCAUGGCCGAGCAGACGGAGGAUGAGAGGAAGCUGCUGGAGGCGGUGCAGGAGGCCGAGGACAAGCUGCUGCAGCUGAAGACCCAGCUGACGUCUCAGAAGAGCCUGGUGGCUGCUGGGAAGGCUGAGCUGGGCCAGAAGGUCCAGAGCCUUCAGGACAUGAACAGGCAGCUGGUGAGGCUGCAGCGGGAGGUGAUGUCUGCGGAGAGCGCCCUGGAGCAGCAGCGUCUGGCCAGACACAACAUGCUGCUGGCCUGUAAGGUGCAGGGCGUCGCCAUCGGCCUGCUGUCGGGGCAGCUGAGCCAGAUCAGCCAGGUGCAGCUGGAGACGGACUCUGAAAGCACGGCGGCCACCGUGGACAUCUUCGAGAGGGAGUCCCAGCUGGUGGUGGACUUCUCCGCCGUGGAGGCUGAGCUCAGGAAGCUGCGGAGCAAGGGCCAGAUGGACGCCUACCUGCAGCAGCUGAGGGACGCCGUGUCCUCCACGGAGGCGGUGCUGCUCCAGACCACCGCCCCCAACCUGAAGGCCCUGGAGAAGAUGACGGAUCUGAAGGAGAAGCUGCUGGGAGUGAAAGAAGCCUUCGAGGCCAGCACCAAGGCGGCCAGGAAGUGCAGCCAGGACUUCAACCUGGUCAAAGCGCAGCGCUUCCACCUCUUCAGCCAGUGCUUCGAGCACGUGUCUCUGGUGAUCGACCAGAUCUACAAGCGGAUCUGCAGGAACAGCAGCGCUCAGGCCAUCCUGAGUGCCGACAACCCCGACGAGCCGUACCUGGGGGGCAUCAGCUACAGCUGCGUGGCUCCGGGGAAGCGCUUCAUGUCCAUGGACAACCUGUCGGGGGGGGAGAAGGCCAUCGCCGCGCUCGCCAUGAUCUUUGCCAUCCACAGCUUCCGUCCCGCUCCCUUCUUCAUCCUGGACGAGGUGGACGCCGCUCUGGACAACACCAACAUUGCCAAGGUGACGGAGUUCAUCCGGGAGGAGUGCAGCUCCAACAUGCAGAUCAUCGCCAUCUCCCUGAAGGAGGAGUUCUUCUCCAAGGCCGACGCCCUGCUGGGGGUCUACUCAGACUUCGAUGAGUUCAUGUUCAGCCGCGUUCUGACCCUGGACCUGCGUCCCUACCCCCUGAACGAGGACAGCUCCAGCGAGCCGCCAGCCGACGCCCCGCCGGACGACCCGCUGGACGCCCUGCCAGACGCUCUGCUGGACGCCCUGCCGGACGCGCUGCUGGACGCCCUGCCGGACGCACCGCCGGACGCACCGCCGGACGCACCGCUGGACGCACCGCCGGACGCACCGCUGGACGCACCGCCGGACGCCGAGGAGGAGCUGUGA